CAAUAAAGUUGCGCUGGCCGUGGUGCUGAAAACAUCCACUACAAUACAUUAGCUGCACGCGUUAAAGUGACCAAAAAAAAAAAAAACGAAAAACAACAACCCAUAGGUUUUUGGGUUUUUUUUUUGUUCUUUUGCUAAGUGUCACAUUUUUAGGAAUAGCCUUAAAUGUCGCGCCCAAGCUGAGAAGAAGAAAGAAAGAGAAGAGCUUCAAUUCUCUCAAGUUUCGAUGAGAUUUCAUUUUGGGGCUUUACUUUGACCCCCCGCCCCCCCUCCCUCUUCGCUCGUCCACCCCCACCACCCCCCCACUAUAGUGGGACCCCAGUUGCUUCACCUCCCUCCUGCCUGCCCUGCAUGGUCAUGACCCGUCAUCACGCCCCCCCCUCAGCCCGCCUCAUCCUAUUGGUCCUGCUCCCCGUCACUCUGCGGCUGGCCACCGACGCUGCCCCCGCAUGGGCCAAACCCGAGGACGGAGGGACGGCGAAGGGAGGGGAGGAGGCGGCGGAGGAGGAGGAGACGGUGCUUGUUCCGCCGCCCCGAGGCGAAGACGGCGGCGUCAACAACACGUCGCAGGACGGGGACGAGCGACUGGAGCUGGGAUCGGACCCGGCACGGGCGCUUUCGGUUCUCCUGCAGGCUCUGGACUGGCCGGUGGAGGCGGGCGCGAGCCCGGAGUGGGACGAGAGACAGGAGGCGUCUGCUAACCUGCUGGAGGUCAACGAGAUAAGGAGGCAAUCCGAGGCUGAUAAGGUGAUCCAAGACUUUGAGGAGGAGCGGGGUCGCGGGCGGUCGGCCGAGGACCUCCUGGAGAAAGCGUCAGAUGAAAGCUUCCUUGCCGCCACCCCCCAGGGGGACGACAGCUCCUUGCGGCGCAAAAUCCGUGGCUACUUCCAGAACAUUGAUUUGGGCCUCCAAGACAAUGAGAUCCUGCCACCCCUGAAGGGCUACAAGGCGUACAACACGCAGUUGGCCCGAGCCGGGAAGAAGCUUCACUGGCAGGGGCAUUCCCAAGACGGCCCGAUCAAGGGCGGCAACUUCAUGGACGACUUUGAGGACGAGGGCGGCGAACUGGAGGAGGAGGUGGAGGAGGAGGACGAGAGCCUGACCCGCAUGGAGGAGGAGGCGAGGGCCCGGGCCGAGAAGCAGGAGGUGCUCAGGCAGCAGGAGGAAGCCGAGCGGGCCCGCGAGGAGGAGCAGCGCUUGGCCGACGUGGCCUCCGACAUGCUGCUCCAGUACAUGGGCCGCAAGCAGCAGGCCUUCCUCAAACCGCGGCAGAAAAGCAGCAACGCCGCCGAGGACAAGCGCUCGGAGGAAGUCCUCCUCCCCGACCAGGACGAGGACGACCUGGACCAGCAGAUGAUCGACCGGCUCAUCGAGAUCAGCAGCAAGCUGCACCUGCCGGCCGACGACGUCAUCGAGAUCAUCAGCGACGUGGAGGAGAAGAAAAAGAAGCGGAAAGAACUUCAGCAGCAGCUCCCCGCGGUCGCCGCCCUACCGGUGGUGCCCCGCUUCCGGCCCCUGGUGCCUCCCCCGCUGGCGGCGCCGCCGCCCGUCUACCACUACACGGCAUCCAAAAACCCCAAGAAAGCCCUCUACAAAGCCCCCCACAAGGCAUCCUACAAGUCCAUGAAGAAGUGGCAGAAGGACAAAAGCAAGUCGCGCAAAAAGGACUUCUGGUACCAGCCUCAGACCCCCAUCGACUACUGGUACAUGCCCCAGAAGCAGUUCCUCGCCUUCCCUUCCUACCCGUACUACCAGAAGCCAUAUCGGGCGUACUACCCCGUCUACUUCCCUUCCCCCAAGCCGCAGUACUAUGGCAAGCCCCCGCCUGCCCGGGACCAGGCCUUCAACACCCAGGAGCUUGAUCCACAGAGUCCCCGGCGCAGGCACAGGGGUCAGGGCAAGAACCGGGGUCAGGGCUGGAGGCAGAGGCCGGCGCCCCGCCUCCCCGACGCACCUUACAUCUCUAACUAUAUCCUGCCCCACCCACGGACCUACCAGCCCCCGCCGCCCCCCAAACCGCUGGCCCCGCCCCGCCGAGGCAGGCGGCCCCCCUUCUACUACCAACCGGCCGCCACGCGGGACGACGACUACGAGGAAGACGGACUGCUGCCUCAGCUGGACAGUGAGGAGGAGUUGGAGAACUUUAUCGAGAGGAUCUACAUGAAGCGCAGAAUGUAUUGAAUGGCUGGUUUGGAGGUUUUUAUUGGACCCACGGGUGGGGGCGGUGUUAUCGUAAGGCUAAAAAUGUGUCCGUUGGACGGUCCGGGAAUGAGAUUCCAGUUUGUUUUCAUCCACUGGUUGUUUUUGUUUGUUUUUUUUGUUAUCGAUCAGGUUCAGUCAGAGGAGGGGAUGAAGUGGGGCCGGGGGAGGGGGUGGGGAAAAACCCUGCACACCGCCAUGUUUACAUUGUGAACACGGGCCGGCGUAUGUCUGCCUCCAUUCAGGUUUUCUACAACACGCAGCGUCACGGGAAUCAUGUUUACAGCAUGUCUUUGUACGUUACAUUACACAGACAAAAAAAAAAAAAAAACACACACACACAAAAAAAAAAGAUUUUGGUUGUAUCGGAUGUGUGCAGGUGCCUUUAGAAUUUAGGAGGUGGUGUAAAAACAACAAAAGGUGCCACAAACACACAUUUCUUGCUUUUCUUUCCCCCAUAUUUUUUGCCUUAUGCAUACCAGUCUCAUAAUCAAUACCCGCGGACCCCCCAAAGCACAAAAACACUUCCAGAUCUGGUGGGCCGAGGUUUCGCCAUCAUUGUUGUGAUACGAUUGGAUGCAUUUCUGUCAUAUUUUAUUUGUUGUUAGCAUUGUGACUCAUAUAUUGUCUCCAUGAUUGUUGGGGCCCUCGUGGAAUCUCUGCGUUGUUAUUCUUGCAACCCACGAAUCCAUUUUUAGGGACUUUGAGAUGCUUGAGAAUUCAAGCAUUCUGGUAAAAAAA